AUGCCCCAAACACAGAGCUGGCCACAGUCUCACCAAAUUACCGCACUCCGGCUAUUAGCCGAAUCCCUAUACGAGGCAACUCGCGGCACCACCGCGCUAACGAACCAGGUUCAGAAUGAGCUUGCUUUACUCCUGACAGUUCUGGACGCGACCGAGACGUAUCCAUCUUCCUUUGGGACGGAUUGUCCACAUCUUUCCGUCUUAACCAAAAGGUUACAGAGUUGUCAUGUUCUUUUGGUGGAUUUGCAAAAGCUGCAGCUUCAUCCUGAUGCCCUCGGUGCGCAAAGUCAGAUUAGUGAGAUCCGGGCAAGUCUCUCGUCUCUUAUUUUUGGACUGAGUGAGAUUAAUACAAAUUUGAUGAUAUCGUCGCAAAAGAAUGUUGAAAAAGCCUUGAGGAGCCUGAUCGACAAUGUCGGCACCGAGAAACAGGAGCUAUUAGUUGUAUCUGAUACUCUGAUCAACAAAAUCUCAGAAGCCGAGACUGAUCAGGCAUGGGCGCAACUCCAACAAGAUUUGAAUGCUGUCGGUAUCAGUCCUGAAUUGUCUAGUCAGAACCAUGACUAUAUCAUCUUGCUACUUCAAAAUAUGGUGGGAAGCGAGAGACAAACUUCCAUCAAAGCCGCAGCAGCUCCAGGAGAUAUCCCAGCGCCUAAUUCUAAGGCACUACCUUCAGAUCACAAGACAAGUCUGGAUGAUAGCGAUGACUGGUCAGCAAACGAACCCAAAGGUCUUCCAUGUCUCCCUCUUUCCCCAGGAGAAACUUGCCUACCAAGAAAUGGCCCGGUACGAUUGCACCAUCGCCAUUCAAAAACACCGGUCGUGAUAGAAGAAAACCUCCCAAUUCCUGUGGCCUUUGAGAUCCAGGACUCCACCAAUAUUAGAAACCAAUCUCUGCCACGCGAAGAUUUCCCCAUACCAGUCUGGACAGAAUCAACAACAGAAAGCGUGGUCUCAUCAACAGACCACAGCAGCCAAACUAAUCCCUCAAUCCCCAUAACCCGCGAAACCAACCCAACAACCCUCGACCAAACCGUCCUCGCCUUAAAAGUGACCCGAAGCAAAAAGACAAACAUAAUGAGCCGGAUGCUCUUCCAAAUGACAAACUCCAAACAAAAACUCAUAACCCCAAUCCAGAAAGGCGACCUCCAAACCGUGACAACUCUCCUCGCAAAAGGCGCCGACGCUAACGCCACAAACAACGAAGGCCAAACCCCCCUAAUGGCCGCCGCCUCCUAUGGCCACGAAAACAUAGUCCGCAUCCUGAUAGAAUAUGGCGCCGACAUGGACACCCAAGCCAUGAAUGGCGAGACAGCCCUAGGAACAGCCGCGGCACGCGGCUUCGCACGAAUAAUACGAGUCCUCAUUGCCAGCGGGGCGAACGUCAACGCAGGAAGUGGAACGGGGAAAACAGCAUUAUCACAAGCAGCGUCGUACGGCCAGGACCGUAUUGUGAAACUUCUUCUUGACUGCGGUGCAGAUAUUGAUGCGCUGAACAGCACGGGCGAGACGGCGUUGGCCCUUGCGGCGUUGAAUGGGAAUAUGAGAGUUGCGCGGGUUUUGUUGGAUCGGGGGGCGGAUGUUGAUCGGAUGGGAUAUCCUUGGGAGUCGCCUUUGCUUAAGGCAAUUAAGCAGAAUUUUACGGAGAUGGUGGUACUUUUGAUGGAGCGAGGGGCAAAUCCGAGUGUUGUUGGUGGGUUCCAGAGGUCUGAAACUGCUUUAUCUUAUGCUGCAAGGUUGAAUCGGGUUCAGGUUUUGGAGAUUUUCAGGAGGUAUGGGCAUGAAGGGGGUUUUGUUCAGUACAGUUGA